AUGUAUCCUGUCAGAGGGAAAGGCAUCCAGUCAGAGGGAAAGGUAUCCAAUCAGAGGGAAAGGUAUCCAAUCAGAAGGAAAGAUAUCCAAUCAGAAGGAAAGGUAUCUAGUCAGAGGGAAAUGUAUCCAGUCAGAGGGAAAGGUAUCCAGUCGGAGGGAAAGGUAUCCAAUCAGAGGGAAAGGUAUCCAAUCAGAGGGAAAGGUAUCCAAUCAGAGGGAAAGGUAUCCAAUCAGAAGGAAAGGUAUCCAGUCAGAGGGAAAGGUACCCAAUCAGAGGGAAAGGUAUCCAAUCAAUGGGUAAGGUAUCCUGUCAGAGGGAAAGGUAUCCAAUCAGAGGGAAAGGUAUCCAGUCAGAGGGAAAUGUAUCCAGUCAGAGGGAAAUGUAUCCAAUCAGAGGGAAAUGUAUCCAAUCAGAGGGAAAUGUAUCCUGUCAGAGGGAAAGGCAUCCAGUCAGAGGGAAAGGUAUCCAAUCAGAGGGAAAGGUAUCCAAUCAGAAGGAAAGAUAUCCAAUCAGAAGGAAAGGUAUCCAGUCAGAGGGAAAUGUAUCCAGUCAGAGGGAAAGGUAUCCAGUCAGAGGGAAAGGUAUCCAAUCAGAGGGAAAGGUAUCCAAUCAGAGGGAAAGGUAUCCAAUCAGAAGGAAAGGUAUCCAAUCAGAGGGAAAUGUAUCCAAUUAGAGGGAAAGGUAUCCAAUCAGAAGGAAAGGUACCCAAUCAGAAGUAA